GCUGCAACAUAUACAACAUAUGUACAACAUACAACUGUACAAAACCUCUUUUUAAAUAACUAAAUAAAAAACACAUCUCCAGAACAAAGUCGCCAAUGAGCCCUUGAGCCCUUGAGCCCUCGAAGCUCACGCCUAGCAUUAUAAUCCAACAACCUAUAACCUGACCAACCUUAACCUUUUUCAAAAACAAAAAAAGUUGAGACCAAGAUCCAAAAUGCAGCAACAUCCAAAUUAUGGCCAUUCUCCGCCGCUUCACCAUCCCGUCCCUCAACACGUCUCUACCGUUCCACAGUUACGAUCGCCGCCACCCUUAACGUCGUCGCAACCCCAACAACAGGGCGCAUAUGGAAAUCCUUACCAGCAGGGAACCCCCGCCGCUGGUAGUAGUAAUGUCUUUGGCACUUAUGGCAACUUCAUGAAUGACCCUAUGGCCGCCCAGUUCGUGGGAACGGUCGGCCAAAAUGCUUUCAAGCACGUUGAGCAGAAUAUGAACCGAUGGGUCAACUUCUCCGCUCUGAAGCACUACUUUAACGUUUCCAACAAAUAUGUCAUCAAUAAGCUCUUCUUAGUGCUCUUCCCUUGGCGCCACAAGCCUUGGUCGCGAAGACAAGCCGUAGGACCUAACGGGCAGGAGGGCUGGUACUUACCACCGCGCGACGAUAUCAACAGCCCUGAUAUGUACAUUCCGGUCAUGGCGCUUGUUACAUACAUAUUACUAUCAACAUUAAUAGCGGGUUUACGGGGUCAGUUCCAGCCCGAGUUGCUAGGAUAUACAGCUUCUACCGCGGGAGUCGUCGUCAUACUCGAGAUAUUGCUCCUGAAAUUAGGGUGCUACUUUCUUAGUAUUUCGAACGAGUCUCAGCUCCUGGACCUUGUGGCCUACUCAGGCUACAAGUUCGUCGGCAUCAUUGUAACAGUCACCAUCGCCGAGCUCAUGAAUGGAGGCAAGGGAACUGGCGGUUGGAUCGGGUGGACGAUCUUCUUUUAUACCUUUUUAGCAAAUUCCCUAUUUUUGAUGCGAUCGCUACGAUAUGUUCUACUGCCAGAGAGUUCCGGAGGGGAUGCACGAGGCCCGAUGCAAACAGACACACGGACGAAGCGAAACCAGCGGACACAAUUUUUAUUCGCUUAUUCGUAUCUUGUACAGUUUCUAUUUAUGUGGAUUCUUAGCAGGGCGUAAAUACAUAUGCCCGUCAGGUCCUAUUAAUAGCUCUCCCCAGAUUCGUGACGAGCGAUUCCAAAAGAUUAUCAAACCUAGCAUUUAUCUCAUACUUGAAGAUAUUGUUGUAUAGAAACAACAAAUCUUGGCUCUUACAGGCUUCGCUCCAAUUAAAGAAUACGGUGGUGAAGUAAGAUCAAGGCUAUAUACCACCCUUCGAAAUAAAAAUAAA